GCGCUGGCAAGCGUGGCCGUCAGCGCCUUGAGCUGAUUCAACGCAGUCAAAGAAGAAAUGGCGUCGUGGCGAGGUGACAGUGCGGCUGACUUCGUGGAAUUUGUGAAGCGUGGCUCUGAGUUUGUGUUCGGAGAAGUGUACCGGUAUUCACCCGCAGUGAGGUCACUUCGCGACGCGGUAAACCCCAUGGAAGUGUACAGUGAAGAAGAGUUCGCCUUCAGGUUCCGCUUCACCAAGGCGUCCGUGUUGGCCAUCAUGUCCGACUUGCAGUUGAAAGACAACACGGACCAAAGGGGAGCGCCGUUUCCACCGUUGCUGAAGCUUCUCAUAACGCUUCGUUUUUACGGCACUGGUGCCAUUCAGACCGUCGUGGGCGACCUGGUGCAUGUUUCCCAGCAGUUUGUGUCCCGUUGUGUGUGGGAAAUUACGCAAGCCAUAUGCGUACGCCUGUUUCCGAAAUAUGUGCGGCUCCCCACGGCAGCUGAAGCGCAGGGUGUGAUGGCCCGAUUCUACGAAAUUGGCCGGUUUCCCGGUGUCACCGGGUGUAUUGACUGUACGCACAUCCCCAUCGUCAGUCCUGGGGGUGAGAACGCCGAGGUGUUCCGCAACCGCAAGGGAUUCUUCUCGAUUAACGUGCAGGCUGUUACUGGUCCAGAGCUGCAAUUUUUCGACCUUGUAGCAAGUUGGCCUGGAUCCGUGCAUGACAGCAGAAUAUUCGCCAACAGCAGAGUCAUGGCGCCGUAUGAGCAAAGAGCUGUGCCUGGCGUUCUCCUUGGUGACCAGGGAUACGCUUGUCUACCGUUCCUCAUGACACCGCUGAGGGAUCCGCGCACUGAUCCCGAAAAGAGGUACAACUCCAGUCAUAUACGAACGAGAAACAGCGUGGAACGCGCAUUUGGCGUAUGGAAGAGGCGCUUCGCUUGCCUGAGGGUAAAGCUGCUGACAAAGACUGACCGGUCUGCAGCCAUUAUUACAGCUUGUGCUGCACUGCACAACCUUGCCCGUAUGUUGCGAGACCCUUGUCCACGUCCUGAUGAGGAACACCUCGACGCGAGUCUGCCUGACAGUACUACCCAAGGGGAUCCAGACACGCUUCUGGGCACACAAGUACGCAGCUGCUACAUCCGUCGGUGCUUUUCCUCUGGGCACAGGAGCGAUGAAGUGGACUUGAUUUAAACAUGCAGCUACUCAGUGUCUAUUGUGAGCAGUGUAUGUUAGGUGGUUCGAAAAGCUAUGUUCCACAUACCAUUGAGAGUGUUUGCUAGCUGCUGGACAAAUGUGUUCAAGUCACCCGCAGACUACCAGUUGAGGCUGGCUGACCUUGCAGUGAGUAAAACGCUGUGUGCAGUGAGCAAAACAUUGCUAUUUGUAAACAUGACAUGUUGUAGUUGAAAAACGACAUUUCAGGCCUACUGUUUCUUCAGAAAAUGACAUAAUUUAUUCAAAGUAAUAUACAACAGGUACAUGUGCACAAUGACUAGUUGUUACCUGUGAAACAAAACAAACAAGAAGAACCUGAGCAUUCUUGCCAUCAGUUGCGGCAUAAUGUAUUGAAAACCUUAGCUACGUUUGCUUGCCUUUGCACUUCAACAAGUUACAAUUACAGAUAUCCUUUAAUCAGAGUCAUCCGCCUGCAGCUGUUUUUUCAGGAGCUCCUGCUUCAGUUUUUGCACCUUUUCUUUUUCUUUCAAAAUACGAACUUUAAUUUUAUGCAGCACAUUUCGUUUUUUCCUUUCAUCGUUGUGCUGCUCCUUCAGGUGGCUAAUUUUCAGCUCGUGUUCUUCUACAAUGCAUCUCAGUCGUUCGUUGUGU